AUGUCGUCGAUGCUCCGCAGAUUUUACUCCUCCGGUACCUUAACCAGAACUCCAUUGUAUGAGAGUCACGUCAAGUACGGCGCCAAGUUUGUUCCUUACGCUGGCUUCGAGAUGCCCAUCAUGUAUAAGGAUCAGUCUCACAUUGAGUCUCAUAAUUGGGUGCGCUCAAAGGUUGGUUUGUUUGACGUUAGUCAUAUGUUACAGCAUCGCUUUCAUGGAGCUGAUGCUGUGAAAUUUUUGCAGAAAAUCACUCCUAUUGAUUUAUCCCAGUUGCAACCAUUCACAUCCAGCUUGUCUGUCUUACUUAAUAAUGAAGGUGGGAUUAUCGAUGACACGAUCAUUACCAAGCACGGAGAAGAUAAAUUUUACAUGGUUACCAAUGCUGGUUGUCGGGAGAAAGAUCUUGCUUUCAUCAGAGACGAAUUAAAGAACUUUGACCAAGUCCACCAUCAGACGUUUGAGGGUACCUUAUUGGCCGUCCAAGGUCCUGCUGCAGGCAGCUUGAUGCAGAAGCUCACCAAUGAGGACCUCAGCAAAAUUACAUUUGGACAAACACAAUUUUUGAAGUUGAACAGUCUCAUUGACUCAGAUAUUCAUCUCUCACGGACAGGUUACACAGGAGAGGACGGGUUUGAAUUGUCUAUUCCUUCCACUAACGACAAGGAAGCAAAGCAGGCGAGACAGUUUUUCGAAGCAUUGAUUGACGAAAACCCAGAACUUGUGCGUCCCAUCGGUUUGGCCGCUAGAGACUCCUUGAGAUUGGAAGCAGGAAUGUGUCUUUACGGAAACGAGUUAUCUGAGGAAAUAACUCCAGUAGAGGCAUCAUUGUCUUGGUUGAUCCCUAAAACUAGAAGAACAGCAGAUGCUGGCUUCAAUGGCAGUUCCAAGAUCUUGAAACAAUUGACUGAAAAGGGUUUGGUCACUAGACGUCGUAUCGGCGUUAUUUCCAAGGGACCAGCCCCCAGAACAGGGGCUAAGAUUGUUGAUAAUGAAGGUAAGCAAGUUUGGGUAUAUCACUUCUGGCUCUCUCUCUCCUACGUUGGGCCUGAAUGUUGCGCAGAGCUACAUAGACAAGUCUGUCAAGAUUGGAUCUGA